AUGGCCUUCCAGACAAAUGUUUUCAGGGACGGGGCUUGGGUGACCGAGACCGUCGACCUCAAGACCGUUCUUUCCAAAGGUUCGGCCGCGGCCGCAUCGCCAGCUGCCCCUCCACCGCCUACUCCGCCAGACUGUGGUAUUCUUACCAGGACUGUUAUCGAAAGUCCCAUUGCUCGCUGGGUGCUGCCUGCCCUCUUGCGAUCGGCUCAUCACAACGAUGUUGCUUUUGUCGGCGAUCGCUACGUGAGCAUAAGCGAGUUGCGUAAAGAUGGCCAGCUACAAGAAGUCCUUCGAAAGAAAGAUUUUGGUUGCCGUAUCCGCAAUGCUUGUGUCAUUGGGAACAAGUAUGAACGUUUCCGGGCCACUGCCGAUGAUGCUGGUGUCGACCACAUCAAGAGUGAAGAUGAAGACGAUGACACUCACAUGGUGGAUUCUUCCUCUGCCUCUGGUCCCAUCGGCGCUCACGGUCUACUGCCACCGCACCUGCUGCUCCUCGUCCUCGAGACCGGCACCUUCGUCUUUCUCUUCAUCAAAAGAGACAUGCAUAACAAACUCGAGUUUGUCGCCUCGCCCUUUCAUAACCCUGCAAGGCGAAUGGGCCAUCACCUAGGCUUUCAUGUGGCUGUGGAUCCAAGAUCCCGCUACAUCGCUGUAGCUGAUGUGCAGAACAAGUUCGUCGUUUACGAGCUUGAGUCAAUGGAAGCCAUGAGUGAUCAGUACAUGCGCAAAAACGCGAUUGCCCCUGUCAGCGCCCAUCACUCCCGCGCGGUUCAGGGCACGAUCCUCAAGAUGGAAUUUCUUUAUCCUCGACCAGAAGAUCAAGGCCAUGUCAUUCUUCUUAUCAUUUUUGUCAAGGGCGACAAGUCAAAAAUGGUCAUAUAUGAGUGGGAACGCGGCGACGAUUUGGCCCGGGUCUUUGCCGAAGAAAAACGUGGUUAUCGCAUACGUCCGGAACAUCGCUUGCCUCUGUUAGUCAUUCCGUUGACAGUAAGAAGUUCUUUCCUGGUCAUCUCUGAGAAUGCCUUUGGCAUCUGCAAAGAUCCUCUACAGGGCCCUCUCGAUAUUGAGAAUCACUACCCGUUCGAUCCAAAGGACCACCCCACGACACGUUUUCAUCAUGGGCUUGGCGUGCCGCUCUGGACGGCCUGGGAUCGGCCUGUUCGAAGACGAGGCUACUACGACACAAACGAUCAUAUCUAUCUGGCCCGGGAAGACGGCGUCAUUGUAUUUUUCGAGUUCAACUCGGCAGACGUCCUUGGUGUUUCCAUGAAUGUGGGCGAAUGUGACUGCAACAUCUCCAGCGCCUUCACCACCAUGUACGAUGCUUACUCUGACUUCGCCAUAGUUGCAGGGGAUUCUGGUCCUGGCAUGAUAUUUCAGCUCAAACCUCGACAGAGUAUAGUCCAGCUUGGUCCUAUUCCGAACUGGGCUUGUGCUGCCGACUUCACAACUUCAGAUCCUCUCGUAUCCUGGAAUCCAGCAGCCGAUCACCGGGGCAAGCCAGUAAUUCCCUGGCGAAAACGCACAGCGGGUCAUGUAUCAGCUCCUGACAAAAUCCUCUGCGUAUCCGGUAACGAUCCGCAAGGCAGCAUCACUGAAUUACGCUACGGACUGCCUGCAAACAUAAUCUCCUACUUUGAUACACUCCCGAUGAAAAGAGCUUGGGUUUUCUGGACUUCCGAUGCAACUUGGCCACUGCAGAUGCUCAUUACUAGCCCAGGGACAUCCGAUGUCUUGGUGUUAUCGGCCGACCUUUCACAAGUGGAGAUGGCAGAUCCGGCUAUGACACGGCUAGAUACAAUGUCCCGCACGUUGGCGGCAGCCCAAGAUUCUGACGGGAACAUUAUUCAAAUUACUGAACAGUGUAUUGCUAUCAAGGGCCCUGAUCAAGGCGACGAAAGUGCGAGCCACUCCUUUGGCGACUUCCCGGAUAUCGAUGGCGUGGUUGAGCAUGCAGUCGUCAGGGGUAAUUGUGUCUGUAUAUCAGUUUUUGCACAGUCGCGCUUUCAGGUCCAUGCCUUGCGUAUCAAGGAGACAACGGUAUCUCUGGCUCAUACCUACUCUGUUGACGGAGAAGUUACAUGCCUCUCGCUCUGCUGCAUUGACGGGCGGGAAUGUUUAGUCGCUGGCUUAUGGCGACACAACAAACCCUGGCUCGCUAUAUACCCGGCCGAACGGUCUCAAGAGGAGCCACUCAUCAUUCCUUUGGAUACUGACGGAGUAGACGAUACGGAGCAAGGAGAUGCGAUGGACAUAUCUUCAACUGUCGAACUGAUCAAUUCAAUCGUCGUGGUCUCUGAAACCGAUAAGAAGACAAACUUGGUCAUGGGAUCUCGAAGCGGCCAUUUGAUAACGGUAGAGCUGAAAGGCUCCACUCCUGACGAUCGAGCAAUCUACAGAGAGAGGCUUGGAACCGUUUCAGUUGAGGUUCUGCCUAUCAACGCAAAGUCUGUUCCAGGGGCUGUCUUGGUCUGCUCCAACGAUGCCUUGUUACUCUUGCGAGACUUUGAAGCUAAGAGACCUGGGUAUUUCGCAACGCGACAUCGCGCUUGGGUAACAGACCUCAAGAAUCCGGCCAUGCCAUCUUUACCCGUUAUCUCAGCUGCCAGUAUACCGAGAGCUCAUAGCAUGGAGAAUCGACUACCAUUGGUACUUCUUUCUGGUGAGCGCAUCUCGUUCACAGAAUUGUACCUACAAGACGGACCAGUGCCCAGGCGUCUGCCACUACGGACAGGCACGCCCGGAAAGGUGCUCUACUCCAAGACGCUUCAGUGCCUCGUCGUUGCGAUACAGGUGGGAGACCAACCGAACAUCAUGUUUGUGGAUCUCGAAACGGGAGAAGACUUGUCGUAUCCACUCGACAAGCACGGUAACCCAACGAUAUUUGUCAACGGACUAGGCGGUCACGGUGAUAGGAUUCUUGGGGUGUAUGAGUGGCUGUUCACUCAAGCAGGCAUGACGUUUCAUUAUCUAAUUGUCACCACAAGAGGAGGGCGCCUUAUACUUCUAUCCCCCACCGCUGACGAAGAUCGAGAUUCGGAGGGGAAGAAGCGAAAGAGGAUACGUUUCUCUACUCGGUACAAGUCAAAAGAGCAAGCCCCCAUAUCUUCCGUUGUAGGGGACGACGAAGGACUUGUGUACUGUGCUGGGAGCACUCUAUAUUCAGAGGUUCUCGACACGGGUGAGAAGAAGCUGGUACGACAGAAAAGCUACGAGCUAAACUCCCCCGCCAUUUCAUUGCGACUAGUAAAUGGCAAGAUCUGUGCUCUGACUUUGGGCGACUCGGUAGUGGUCAUAGAUCACAAGACGGACCACUAUGGUGAGGAGAUGGACCUCAUUCACAUGGACAAGACGACAAGAAAGUCAAAUGAUUUCUUUAAUAUUGGGGAGUGCGCAGACGGACCAGCAGCCUGGCCCAUAACUCUACUUUGCGGUAUGAACCGCGAUUUUGCAGCAGUCUGGACUCCUUGGCAACAGAGAGGCAAAGAGUUGGAGGUCGUCGCGGAGGGUUCGUUGCCUGUGAGCGUCAGAAAGCUCGGGCGUGGGCACGUUCGUCCCGAGUGGCUGGCGACGCAACUGGCGACGCAGUCAGAGACGGAUCAUGGACCACGAUACGGACAUAUACCCAGCACAGUGGAUGGAGCUGAGUUACUCGGAAUGUGCCUAGAUGGGGCGUUGAUGCAUUUCAGCCUGUUGGACAUGCACGCGUGGCGAUUCCUGCGUUUCGUACAGAACCUUGCAGUAAGGAGCCAUCUUUUAUUUCCUUACAGUUAUGAGGUUUCGGUGCUGGAUGACGAGGAUUACGAUGCGGAGGUGAGGGAGGCACCUGCAACAAUGAAGCACAUAGACGGAGAUCUGCUCCAAAGGUGUGUCGACAAGCGAGCGCUGGAGAAGCUCAUAUCCGAAGACAGCAACAUCGACCUCUUGAGGGAGUAUCUGGACUAUUUGGACGAUGGAAAGUGGACAGCGUCCUUUCAAGAUGACAAUGAUGUAUCGAAGUAUUUCGGCUUGGCAUACGUCGUGCUGGAAUACCAUUUGAGUCCGGUGCUAUGA